CAGGAUGCUGCCUGGCACAUCCUGCCUGGGCUGGAGGGGCUGGCUGGGGCAGGGGGCCUGUGCAGCACCCCCAGGCACCUGCCAGCUCCAUCCCUGAGCCAACACCAGGGCAGCUUCCAGGAGUGCCUGUGCAAAACCAGGUUAGUCCUGGCUGCUGUGUCCAGCGCCAGCCCACUGCAGGGACACCAGCACGCGGGGCCAUGAUGUCCCCAAGGGCGUGUGGCACUUCCCCAGGGAACAUGGGCCAGGUGCUGCACCCGUACACCUGGCAUGGGGCAGGACAGGGUGUUCUGCAUGCAGGAAGGUGGCAGGUCCUCAUGUUUGCCUGGCUGCUCCCCACAGAGGGUGGCAGGUCUGCCACCACAGGCUGGCAGGUUUCUACACUGGGCUGUCAGGUUCUUCAUGGCAGAUCCCCACAGAUGGUGGAAGGUCCCUGAAGAGGGUGACAGGUCCCUACAGACAGCAGCAGGUCCACUGCAGGUUGGCACAUUUCUGGGCUGCCAGGUCCCGCUAGCUGGUGGUAGGUUGCAGGUCCCCACAGCUUUUCCGAAUUCCACUGGUGAUGUCCUGGGGCAGUUUGCAGGGAUGUGGCAUGUCACAGCCAUCGCUUCCAACUGCUCCAUCUUCCUGAAGAUGAAGGAUGGGAUGAAGUCAUCCAUGGCCAUCAUCAGCUUCAUGCCAGAAGGGGACCUGGCCAUGAAGUUGGUCUGGCCCUUGCUGGACAAAUGCCACAAGUUUGAGCUGCUCUUCCAGCAGAGCGGGCAGGCGGGGCACUACGUGGGAGCACAAGAGAAGAGGGAUCUGCAUGUGAUGGACACAGACUACAGCCACUACGCUGUCCUGCACGAGGCCCAGCACAGUGAGACAGAGCCCAGCACGGCGCUGCAGCUCCUCACAAGGGAGCAGGAUGUGAGCCCCCAGCUCCUGCAGAAGUUCAUGGAGCUCAUCCCCACCAUGGGCCUGACUGAGGACAUGCUGGCCAUCCUGCCCAAGUCAGCAGAUCAAUGCACCAGGGACAUCAGCUGAAGGGCCGUGUGUACUCCAGACCUAGUGGACGAUGGGCUCUGCUCCCAAGUCCGUGGUGCUCCUUCCCAUCCUCCCUGUCCAGACUCUGCCAGACCCCCCUGCUCCACACCAGGAUCACCCUCAACCUCCUAAAUAAAUAG